UUUCAUCCUGAUGAAAGAAUAAAGGGUAUGACUGCUGCAUAUAAAGUGCCUGAAAUUCUGAACCUUUCCUGCUGAUGUAAAAGUCACUAGAAAAACGGAAUAACGAUUGAAUGAGAGCUGGGAUCAUGCACAGGUCGUCAGCACAGAAUUAAUAACACAAUAGAAAGCCUCUGACCUUUAACCUCCUGGCGCCAUGGUGAAUAAGCUGGUAGUAGCAGAGACCCUUGUGGUAUUCGCCAUUGUCUUGUGCAUUCAUAACCUGGUCUGGGAUCGUUUCUCCUGGUGCGCUCUGGCCUUGGCAGUGCAGGCCUACUACGUCCAGCACAAAUGGGACCGCUUGUUGCAGUCUGGCGGAGCAGUGUUUCAGUACCGGUCAUCUGCAAACAGUGGGCUUCUUCCAGCCAGUAUGGUCAUCCCACUGUUGGGUAUUGUUAUGAGAGAGCGCUGCAAAGCAUCUGGGAAUGUGCACUUUGAACGCUAUGGGCUGGUUAUAUGUGCAACAGGGAUGGCUCUAGCAUCCUUCCUCUCUGUCAUCGCCUUGGGUAUCACAAAACCUUUUCCUAAAAACACCUGCAUUGUGUCAGGCGCUGCCGGCUGCGCCAUUCUCUACACCAUAAAGAACUCUUUAGCGGUGUCUGAAGUUAUUGAAGUUUUGGAAGUGCUCCUUAUCUUUGUUUAUCUCAGCAUGAUUAUCCUUUACUUGCUGCCUCGCUGUUUCACUCCAGGCGAAGCUCUGCUCAUCCUGGGUGGACUAAGUUUUGUUCUUAACCAGCUUAUAAAGCGCUCGCUCAGCUCUGCGAGCGGCAAGGGAGACCCUGCAGAUUACCUUCUUUUGGUGACACUGGUGGCUUUGGUGCUUCUAGGAAUCAUUUUCACUGCCCUCUUCUUUUUUAUGGACUCGUGCACCUGGACUUCCUCUGUAUUUUUUUAUAUGAUGACAGCCGUUCUGGGUUUGGGAGUUUUUGUUCCCUGGUUACAGCUUCUCAUCCAGAGACAUCCUCUCUUUUGGCUACUUGAGUUUUUAAUGCAGACUCAUACACGUCUUUAUCUCUUGAGCUUCUGGACACUUCUUGCCAUACUUGCCUGCUCAGUGGUUCUAUACCAAAACUCCAAGAGGACCACAGAAUCCAAGAAACUUCAAAUCUCUACAGUGACACGGAAGUACUUUCAUUUCCUCGCUGUGGCCACUUACAUUCCUGGGUUACUAUAUGACCGUCAGCUGCUGUUUGUGGCUGCUGUCAUUUGCCUGGCCGUCUUUGUCUUACUGGAAUACAUACGCUACUUUCGCAUCAAACCAUUAGGGCAGACCUUACGAAACUUGCUGACACUUUUCCUGGACGAACGGGACAGCGGUCCUCUUAUACUCACUCAUAUUUACCUUCUCCUAGGGAUGUCGCUGCCGGUGUGGCUAUUUCCGAGGGUCUGUGCUGCUUCUCUCUCGGGCCCUUCUACCUUGCUCCCCUAUGCAGGAGUGUUGGCGGUUGGAGUGGGUGACACCAUGGCGUCUGUAAUGGGCAGUGCUUUGGGAGAAAUCAAGUGGCCUGGUACAAAGAAAACAUUUGAAGGAACCAUGAUGUCUAUAUUUGCUCAGAUCAUUACUGUGGCUUUAAUCCUCAUCUUUGAUACCAACGUAAGCAUGAAUGGUGGUUACACCUGGAUUUUAGCGUCCAUCACGCUGGUGUCGUUCUUGGAAGCUUUCACUACACAAAUAGACAACCUGUUCCUGCCCCUUUACCUCCAUAUAAUGCUGAUGGUCUGAGAGGCUUUAGUAAAACAUUCUGUCUAUGAGGAAAAAAAUGGUACCGGCCGUAUGGAAUUAACAUAUUUUUUAUUUUCUUUAUUUAAUUUUUAGGGGUUAAUUUAUUGAAAUUGUGCUCCAUUGGCUCCGACAAAUUACACCAAUUUAAUAAGCAGUGUUUAAUAGAAAUACUUGUUUUCUACCGAUACAUCACAUAAAAGCAGGUGAAAGCAAUAAGGGUCUCCUCUAUAUUCAGCACUUGUUUUUAGAGCCAGAGCUAAGGGAAACUUUGGGACUCGUUAGACCCGUGCUGAUGUAAAAUCAUAUCCCUUGUUAUACGGAUAUGGAAGAAUCUCUGUAAAAGUAUUAUUCUUUUUAAUGCAGAAUGAAACAAUACUCAGGGCCGCUGCGCGUGUUCUGCUAGUAGUUGUUUUUUUUUGUUUAAACUAUUUCUCAUGUCAUUUUGCAUGUGUGUGAAGCACAGAGAUACAGAAUAAAAUCUAUAUUCAUUGAUUA